GCCCCUGGGCGCGCCCGCGGGCAGCGCAUGGGGCAGCGCUUGAGCGGCGGCCGGCCCUGCCUCGAUGUUCCGGGUCGGCUCCUGCCGCAGCCGCCGACGCCCCCGCCGCCGGUGAGGAGGAAGCUUGCGCUGCUCUUCGCGAUGCUGUGCGUCUGGCUGUACAUGUUCCUGUACUCCUGCGCCGGCUCGUGCGCUGCGGCGCCCGGGCUGCUGAUGCUGAGCUCCGGGCCUCGCGCCGCACACGCCCCGCCAGCCUUGGCCGCCGUUCCCAAUGGGACGCCCUCCAGGCUUCCUUUCCGGGCGCUGCCGGCCGCGGCACUGGCUGCGGGCAAGGAGCUGGCAGAAGGCGCUGCGAGCCAGGAGGAGCAGGGUCCCGAGGCGCCAGACUCCCCCAGCCCCAUCUCCAGCUUCUUUAGUGGGUCUGGCAGCAAGCAGCUGCCUCAGGCCAUCAUCAUCGGCGUGAAGAAGGGCGGCACGCGGGCGCUGCUGGAGUUCCUGCGCGUGCACCCCGACGUGCGCGCCGUGGGCGCCGAGCCCCACUUCUUCGACCGCAGCUACCACAAGGGCCUCGCCUGGUACCGGGACCUGAUGCCGAGGACGCUGGAGGGGCAGAUCACCAUGGAGAAGACGCCCAGCUACUUCGUCACGCGGGAGGCGCCCGCGCGCAUCUCGGCCAUGUCCAAGGACACCAAGCUCAUCGUGGUGGUGCGGGACCCGGUGACCAGGGCCAUCUCACCCGGCGGGCGAGCUGGGCCGCGUGCAGGACUUCCUGGGCCUCAAGCGCAUCAUCACGGACAAGCACUUCUACUUCAACAAGACCAAGGGCUUCCCCUGCCUGAAGAAGGCCGAGGGCAGCAGCAAGCCCCACUGCCUGGGCAAAACCAAGGGCAGGACCCACCCCGAGAUCGACCCCGAGGUGGUGCAGCGACUGCGCGAGUUCUACCGGCCCUUCAACCUCAAGUUCUACCAGAUGACGGGGCACGACUUUGGCUGGGAUGGAUGACAAAAUAUAAUUUAAAAAGAAAAAAAAUAUCAAAGUAUAAUAUAUUUUUUUACCAGUCGGUAGAGAAAAGGCAGUUUAAUAUUUGU